GUCAUCUCUUGGCUUGAAUGCACAUGAGUUCUCGAAGAAACUUGGAACUGUGGAGAGCAAAGAGAACCCAAAGCUGUUUGUCGGAAGACAAGGAAAUGGCAGCAGAGACUCAGACGCUCAACUUUGGACCUGAAUGGCUUCGUGCAUUGUCCAGCGGUGGAAGCAUUGCAUCCCCACCUCCUUCACCUGCAUUGCCAAAAUACAAAUUAGCAGAUUAUCGAUAUGGAAGAGAGGAAAUGCUAGCACUUUAUAUGAAAGAUAACAAGGUUCCUGAAGAGUUGUCGGACAAAGAAUUUCUGGCUGUCUUACAAGAUGAGCCACUUCUGCCUUUAGCACUUGUACCUCUUACAGAGGAAGAGCAGAGAAAUUUUUCUAUGUCCGUGAACAGCUCUGCAGUGAUGAGGUUGAUGGGGCGGGGAGGAGGAGCCCCAUCAGCAGGGGUUGUCAGAGGCCGAGGCAGUGCAAGAGGCCGAGGUCGAGGAAGAGGUGAAAGUGGUUACUACCAAAGAAGUUUCGAAGAUGGUGAAGGGGGGUUUGGCCGUGGAGCACGUGAAAUGCUGCGAAGUCAAAGCUGGGAAGAAAGGUAUGUUGCAGCAG